GCCAGCCGCGACCCGGAGAGUCACGCUCGUGACGUCUACAUUCCCCGAUGGCCCGAUCCUGUUCUCAGCCAUAUUGAAACUCCCACUUCUGCUGCCCGGGAAGGUAGUCGAAAGACUUUUUGACGCCUUUUGAAUUUUGAAUCUAAGUAUUUUGCCCACGGAAUAAAGUUACUGGCGAUUGUGGCUUCGCUUUUACUGUCGCUUUUCGGUUGGACUGAGGUGUCUGAAAGAUGGUGGACCGCUUGGCGAACAGCGAGGCCAACUCCAAACGCAUCGCAGUAGUGGAAGCCUGUUUUGGCACAGCGGGCCAACCACUGGCCAUCCCAGGUCGAGUGCUCAUCGGCGAGGGGGUUCUCACGAAACUGUGCCGCAAAAAGCCCAAAGCCAGGCAGUUCUUCCUCUUCAAUGACAUACUUGUAUACGGCAACAUCGUCAUCCAGAAGAAAAAGUACAAUAAGCAGCACAUCAUUCCUCUGGAGAGCGUCACCAUAGACACGGUAGAAGAUGAGGGUGACCUACGGAACGGCUGGCUCAUCAAAACGCCCACCAAAUCCUUCGCCGUAUACGCCGCCACUGCAAAUGAGAAGACGGAGUGGAUGAGCCACAUCAGCAAGUGUGUCUCGGACCUGCUGGAAAAGAGCGGGAAAUCUCCCACCGGGGAACAUGCUGCCGUCUGGGUGCCCGACUCCGAGGCGACCAUAUGCAUGCGCUGCCAAAAAGUAAAGUUCACCCCCGUCAACAGACGCCACCACUGCAGGAAAUGCGGCUAUGUCGUGUGCGGCCCCUGUUCGGAAAAGAAAUUCCUGCUUCCCAGUCAGGCAUCCAAACCGGUUCGCGUGUGCGAGUUCUGUUACAAACAGCUCUCCACGGGCGCCACCCUGCCGCCCCGUUCGGACUCCUACAGUCGGCCCGGUUGCGAUUUCUCCUCUGGUAAUCUCUCCGAUGACGAAGAUGAGGAUGACAGCAGUGACUGAGGGCACCGGUCUCCCUUCCCACUUUCAGGAAUAUUGACAAUCUUUAAAUCACAUCCCAAUAUUUUAGUCUCUCUGCUUUUCCUUCAGGGUUUAACAUUUUUGCAAAGGUUCCAUCUUUUGCAACCAUUUUAUUUUGUGGCAACACUCUUUAAGCAAAAAUUAAAGACUGUGCAUAUAAACAAAGGUUUGAGGGGAAUUGUUGUAAGUUCCUGCGUAUUUCCGAACACUAUUUUGUCACUACUUGCGUGCGCACAAGUAGUGUUCCACUUUGUCACGUCCCAAUGGCACCUCUCAUUCUUAUACUCCUCUUACACUGAUCAUUUGAACCUCUUAUAUAUCCAAUUUGCUUCCUUUUCUCUCCUUAUUUGCUGUUAUUUUCUCUACUACUAUGCUGCUAUUCGCUGGAGUGGAGUAUGUUGGGUGACGUCAUUGUAGGCUAUUCAUAGCCGUCCACUCACUGCAGACCCUCAGGUGAAGCCAUGCAGAUUCGCAACGAUGCAGUUGUUGUACACUGAAUACAAGAGCUGCAUUUAAUGCAAGCUAGGUUCAAUUAUUUUAAACAAUAAGCUGCAUUUAAGGCUUUGAAUAACUAACCACUAAUAAACCAUCUCCUGACGAAAUUUCUAGGUUGACUGUUUCUAGUAAUUGCAAGUGACAAAUCAGAUAGAAGAUGUUUCUAAGCUUGUAAUUGUAUAUGUAGUCUUGUCUAGUGCAGAAUUCAUCUGACAGGGCUGUUGCCGCCUUAGUGCCUUCUUAAUAAUUUAUUCUCAGGAAGAACGUCCUGGUAAAGAAAUUUGAGAAACUAUUGAGGCUACAGUUGAAUUUCGUCACUUCUGGACUGGUUCCUUUCUUUACGACACUUGCCUUCGUUCGACGGCACAGUACGGAGUUAGUGGUCUACCCUUGUGUACCAAUUUUAUUGUGUAAUCUUUCCGAAAUGGUCCAGUCGAAAUAGUUUUCAGAAAGUUUAAAUCGUGUCCUAAGAUUGAUCAUCACAUGAGAUCCGGCGGUGUCUGUGCUUUACAUGUUUCUAACUAUGCUGGUGUCUCACAAUGACUUAAACUCUAAGAGAAAUGCGCAUUAGCAUGCAGCCCACAGGAACUGGAAGCGCACAUCACUAUGGCGGAAGAUGUCGUCCAUUUUCCUCAUCGUCUCAUUGGAGUCUUUGUGUUAGCGAGGUCACGCAUGACGGUCAAUCCUACAGGUUUUGAAUGGGAAUUGAAAGCAUUAUAAGGAAGUGACUGACACACAGCCUCCUUUUGUCUGUUUCACACAAGAGCUGCACUAAACGCUUUCCAAAGUGAUCAUUGUAUGUGUUUGCAGAUUUUGUAGAGAGGUUGCCAGGUUUACAGUUGUUUAAAUGUUAAGCUGGUGGUUAAACCAGCUGUAUCUUUGAGAACCUCGUGUCUCAGUACUGAAUACUUGAUCUCACCUGUGAAGAUAUCAGAUUAACAAAACUAACAUUAAAAAGGGAUGUUUAAUAAAUCUUGCUCAGACCAUGAUCCUGUAAAUCAUAUGCAAUAACAGAUUAAAGUAUUUUUGCUUUUUCAGAUUGCGAGACUUUCGUGGGAUAUAGUAAUAGGUUUACAGUGAUUGAUUUAAAGGUAUUUAUCUUAUCUUGCUUUUGCAAUAUAACAAUAGAUUGCAGGUUCAUUCUGGAACAGUUGUUUUAAUAUUUCCAUAUGUAACCUGAUGAUAUUCUGAGAUGAUUUUUGUGUUUUAAUGAUGCUAAUGUUGUAAUAUUCUUUUUAUUUGGCAUAUGUUGUAAACUUUGUACAGUUUUUUUAUGUGUAUAUGAAUAUCCUCAUAUUUGGGCCCGCAGGUGUUUUUUGUUUCAUAAUGUGGUUCAUGCGUGUUUCCUGAACACUUCUGGAUCAGUUACCAGCACUUUACUAUUUCUGCAAACCACAAGAGAAGGGCGGGGCCUGAGAAGGGGCGGGGUAUGGGUAGGAUGUGAGCGGGGAAUACUACAUGUCUUCACACAUAGAGUCUGUCUGCAAAGAAACGUGAAUGGAUAGUUCUCGUCUUUUUUAUAGAUUUAUUUACCUUGGAUUGCGGAUGGGUAAACAAAAUUGGCAGAUACUUAAGCUUAAGAGAUUUCUCAAGUUUCAUUUAUGAUUCCCUCAUUUUUUGGAUGGAUUUGGAUAUUUUCUGUUUUUUUGUCAAUGUUGACAUUAUAAUUCUCAUGUAAUAUUCUGAAAGGGCUAAAAACUGAUUGUAAUCCGUCAUAUCACUAGAUACUAAUUUUGAGGAAAAUAUAUGCAUUGCUUACA